UUCUCUGAUCCAUUUCCAUUGGGCCUCUAUUUUUCCUCAACAGAAGGGGUUUUACAGUCGCCGGAGAAGAAUCAGUUGCGGCGGCGGCGGCGGCGGAAAUGGGCCGGAGAAUACUGAACGAUGCGUUGAGGACAAUUGUGAACGCUGAAAAGAGAGGUUUCGCUUCAGCUCAGCUCCAACCUGUCUCCAAUGUCAUUGCUAAUUUUCUACAAAUCAUGAAAUAUCGAGGUUAUAUCAAAGACUUUCAUGUGCAUGAUCCUCAUAGAGUUGGCAAGAUAACUGUCCAAUUGCUUGGAAGGGUCAAUGAUUGUCGUGCUCUCACCUACAGACAAGACAUCAAGGCUGCAAGCAUUGAGAAUUACAAGACACGCGCACUACCGACACGUCAGUGGGGCUAUGUUGUUAUUACAACACCAAAUGGAGUUUUGGAUCACGAAGAAGCAAUGCGGCAAAAUGUGGGUGGUCAAGUUAUUGGCUACUUCUAUUGAACAAGUUCCGGCCAUGGUUCAAGGUUCAAGACUGGAAGACUAUUGCUGCAAGUUCUUUGUUUUCUACACGGUGACGUGCUGCUAGCUUAGCAUUUGUUUCUUUCUCUAAAGCCUUAGAUGGAAGUUCACUGUCCUCUAUAUGGACUAUAGGGGGAAAAAACUAGAAUUCAUGUUAUUAAUCCUUGCCAAGUUUUCCCCCAUUAACUUGGCUCUAAGCAAAACCAGUUUCUCUUACCUCUUUAAUGGUAACUGCUUUAGACUAUGUUUACCUCAGCAUAUGAAGGGGUAAAAGCCUUUUUUCAUCAUGUUGGUUACUGAUGUUGUUGCUGUAGCAAAGGUGAUCUGGCGCCUAAGCUCGGAGAAUUUGGAUUAAAUGUCUUAUAAUGUAGUUGUGGAUUUUGAUAUGUAUAAGAGGGGGACUGCAGCAAAAGUUUUAGGACA